AUGGGUGAUUACCGGAAAGCACUUGAAUUUUACGAAAAAGCACUGAAAAUAAGAGACAAAGCUUUGCCUCCGAAUCAUCCCUCAUUGGCUGGUAGUCACUUGAAUUUUGCAGUGUGUUAUGAAAGAAUGGGUGAUUACGCAGAAGCUCUUAACGCUCUGAAAAAUGCUUUUCAAAUUCAGCAAAAAACAUUUCAAGAAGGUAAUCCAAAUUUUGCUUUAACAUACAGUUGGUUAGGAAGAGUUCAUCGUAGUAUGAAAGAUUACUCAAAGGCACUUGAGAAUUUUGAAAAGUGUCUCGCAAUAUUUCAACAAACGUUACCUGAAAGACAUCCUCAUCAGGCUAUUACAUACAGUAAUAUUGGUGAUGUUCAUCAAUUAUUGGGUGAUUAUGAAAUGUCACUUUCAUUUCAUCGAAAAGCAUUAGAUAUUCAAGAAAAUGUUCAAUGUAAUCCUCUGGAAUGUGCAACGACAUAUAUAAAUUUAGGUGAAACGUAUCGAGAAAUGAAAGAUUAUCCAACAGCAUUGACAUAUUUCCAAAAAGGAUUAGAAAUACGUCAAAAUAAUCUACCAAAAAAUCAUCCUGAUCUAGCCAUAAUCUAUCAUAAUUUAGCGAAAGUAUAUUUGGCUACUCGACAAUAUAGUAUGGCAAUGAAAAAUGUUGAACAAGCAGUAGAAAUUGCUCAAGAAAAAUUGCCUUCAAAUCAUCCUCAUCUUUUGGACUAUAAAGAAACAUUUGAAAAAAUUCAAAAGAAGCUUGUUUCAAUUAAAGAACCAUUUUUUAAUAAAAAUUCACUUCCUAUAUCACCACAACUGAUAUCUUUCGAUUUAUCAAUUUUUGCCAUAUGUGACAUUCGUUCAAUUGCUUAUAUCUUACGUUGUAUGCCUAAUCUUAUUCAUUUUAAGUUUCUUCAUGGAAUACGAGCAGUUGCCUUGCCAUUUGUUAAUGAUUUGGUCAAUGGUUAUACAUGGCAACAUAUGUUCGAAAUACAUGUUCCAUUAUUAUCUAAAUUUGAUUUUCAUAUCUUAAUUGAGAAUAAAUAUCCAAAAUUAAAUUUAGACAUGGUGGUAAAUUCAUUUCAAUAUUUCGUUAAAAAAUAUCCCGGAUGGCAAAUGAUUAUUGAUCGAUGGACACCUGAUUACACAAGUAUACAAGAGAUUGUUAUGUUACGCACAUUUGGUUAUCAGAAAUACAAAAGAAACAUACAUAUAACCAUUCCAAUGAUUAGUAAUGAAUCAUUUGAGACACGAUCAACAAAAGCAACAACAAAUGAUCAUUAUCUUUAUUAUUCAGACACAAAAUAUUUAAAAUUGGAUGUGGAAAAGAUAACACCAAGAAUUGGUUCUUGUGUUCCUUUAUUUCAACAUAUAAAAUAUCUCGUCAUAUAUUAUUACCCAAUAGCAUAUUUAACAUGGUGGAACAGUUCAUUGAAUAUUGGGAAGUGUGUUCAAUCAAAUGACAAUGACGUUUCACAGCAGUAUGGUACUUAUCUUUCACAUAUUGUUCAUUUACCAAAUGUGAAUCAAAUUAAGUUUGAGCCAGGUAUUGAUGCAGGUGAAUGGAAAGAUAUUCAAUUUAUUCUACAAGCAUGUCCAAAUGUGAUUGAUCUUGAAAUGAAUCCUUCAGAUUUGGUUUUAUCAGAAUUCAUCGAUAAUCGAUCUCUUUUUUCAAUUUUCAAACAAAUUAAAAUACUCAAAGCAAUAACAGAAAAUUGUUAUGUUUGUUCAAAUUUCACAUCAAAACUUGUUCAACGUUGUCCAUCACUUACUGAUAUUGAACUUCAAGUUUUUUCAUUAGAUGAUUGUAUAUGUGCUAUUGAUAUAUUACUUAGUCAUCUAAAAAAUUUGUCUUAUCUUAAAAUUUAUUAUAUUCAAGUUUCACUACUCGAUCAUCCUUUUUCACGUAAUUAUAUUGUUGAUAAACGUCGUCAAGCAUUUGGUCUUAAUAGUAUCAAUGAACAUAAGAUUACAGUUAGCAGAAAUGGAGAAUCUGUAGAAAUUAGAUUAUCAUGA